UCAUUUUAAAAUCAUAGAAAAUUGUCAUUGUCAAAAUCCUAAACUUAUUAUUCAAUGAUUUUCACAAAUGUUUAAAACUCAAAAACACAAAAAUAUCUGAAAUGGCCCCAGACUCAUCAAGGCGUAAACGAAAAAUAUCGAAUAAAUCAAAUUCCAGAGAAAAAGAUAGAAAACAUGAAAAAUUAGAAGCUCGGCAUGAUGAAACUUUGAAAUAUUCUGUAAAAUCACAGGAUCACAAGCAAACAGUUUCAGAUUUAGUUUAUCAGUAUUUGGGAAAUCUGGCUAACGUAAAUGAUAGAAGAAAACAGAGACACAAUGCGAGAAGUAUUUUUCAUAGGGCUCAUAUAAGAAAACAACCUCGAGAUCUUCAUCCUGAUCGACAUAGGGUGGAUUUAUCCUCAGUUCAAAUUUCAAAUUCCAAUUUAAAACUAAAUUUUCCUCAAUAUUUACCCCUGACUUAUGAAAACACAUUUAGCCGCUAUCCAAGAUCAUCUGCUUCUGAAGAAAUUGUUGCUGAUUAUUCCAAAGCUGUUAAUGAAGUGAGGAAUGCAGCGAGAAAAUACAUCUGUAAAGCACUUUCAUUUGCCGUUCAUUCUGGAUUUCUUGUACCCGCCGAUAAUAGAGGGCAAAUACUUCGAGUUUCUUCCAAUCUUUGUCUUUUUCAAACUGCUAAAAAUAUGAAACGGGAAAAAACUGCCAAAAAAGUUCGGUAUGAUUCUUCAUCAUUAAAGAAAUGACAGCUAGAAGAUGAACAAUAAUGAAAUAUAAAAGCUUUGCUUGAAACCUGUAUACGUCAUUUAGUACUUUUUCUACUGCUUGUUUAGAUUCACAUUAUGUACAAUAAUGAAUAUCCUUUCUCGUAUAUCUGUUUAUUGUUUCGAA